AGAGGGCGCCCUACACGAGGUGGGUCGCAACUUCGGUCCAGCUGAUGGUCAAUGAACUUACGAACGUUUAUUAGAUUUAUUUUGUUAUUCUUCUAAUUUAGAGAUUUUAGUUUUAUUCAAAUUAUGAAUAUGAUUAGAGCAAUAAGAGGAUGCAGACAUUUCUCUUCCUCUUCUAGAAUCCAGGCAGCAAUGAAGAAUAUUGUUGUAAUUGGAGGAGGCUUGAUGGGCUCUGGAAUAGCCCAGGUAGCAGCUCAAACAGGUCAUGAAGUAAUUUUAGUUGAUGUAAGUGAUGAAAUUUUAAAGAAAUCUGAAAUUAAUAUGAAAAAAAGUCUGGAGAGAGUUGCAAAAAAGAAAUUUGCUGAUGAUGCUCAGAGAAGAUUUUAA